GAGCAGGCCAGCAUGAGGCCCAGUAGUUCUGAUGGGGCCGAGACCUGGAUUUCUGCUCACCCGCGGCUCAGAGAAAUGUUGGCCUUGGAUGUGGCAGACAGCACACACGUGCACACCGCGUUCCUUGUCUAUAUGGACCUGCUGGAAGUAAGGAACUGGCACGAUGUGCAGAUUUUUGGAUCCUCAGAAUUGCAUCUUAUCUAUUUAAUCGGGAAGGAGAAAGAGGAUCACUUACCACAAGCUAUAGUACCUACCCCAGUAAGCACUUCAUACAGUCAUGAGAGAAUCCAGCAAAUGAUGAAAGUGAUUUGCGAACAAGAAGAGAAGCAGACGGCACCGGCGUCUUUACUCUUAGCUGUUGUAGAAUCAGAUUCAACGAUCGUUUAUUACAAACUGACUGACGGUUUUGUGAUGCCAGAUCCGCCUGAUUUUGUAGAAGAUAUAGACAAUAAGCAGUGGAGAAAGAAGAGAGUGAGACUUUUAAGAUAAAUGGAACCGUCUGGCGCAUAGCAUUGUAGCUUAAUGCAUUCUAGAGUGAUCGCACAUCACUGGAUCGUCUGCUGGUUGCCUGAAUACACUGUCCCUUUAAAGGGACGAUAUACUGUAAAAAUGUAUUUACAGUUAGCUGCAGAGUAUAAAAUGUAUGAGAAAACUAGUUUUCAGGUUUGUGUAUAUAAAAUAGUUGAUUUUGUGCUUUGAAACCACAGCCUACUACAAUGGGUUGAGCUUGCAGGUAAAAUUAAAUCUAAUUGUUAUCACUUUGUGUACACACACAUGCUUCUUUAUCUUCUGUCUGUAAACCAAAGGCCAAUACUUGGAGAGAACAAUGGAAAAUUAUCAUUUUAUUAUUUACCUCUCCUACACCUCACUGGGAGUGUAAUUUCUUAUGCUUGCAGUGUUUACACAAUCUCUGAGCUCUCAGAAGCUUCAGAAUAUUCACAUGCCAAAAUAGGGGUAAAUUAGCUACUUGUAAACAAUUUAAUACACUCCAGCAGGUGAAAUGGAUCAUUAGGAAUACAUUAAAGGGGAGACAUUUUUUUUUAUAAACUGUCCCUUUAAGAGCUUGCCAUCUUUUUCUAUGUAAAUGCAUUUGACCCCUUAUCUAUCAGAGAGAUACAAGUUAAUAUGCAAUGCACUACAACCCAAGGGUUCUAUUCUCUUACAUUUAUAGAUGCACUGUAUUGUGAUGCUUACGUUUAAUCCAGAGCCAAUGCACUGUGUGCUGGGGAAGGAGUAAGGGUAAAAAGGAGACGAGAAUUAUGCAGGUUUGUUUUUCUACUUCUGCUCUGGGUAAGAAUAUGGGGGCAUCAAGGAAAACCUCUGUACCCUUCUGGCGUUAGUCUCCAACACGCACAAAAACGUAUGGACUUCCUAGCAAUCUUGUCGUGAUAGAACACUGAAUUUAUUAGUGAUUAUUGUCAGGUCUUGAGGAAUAAUACACUACCAUGGCAAUGUAUAAACUUCCCUGUGUUGCUUUUUAUUUUAAAUAAAUAUUUAACUAACAAUA